CAAACCCAAACGGCGUUUGCAAGAACGACGGUGAUUCCGAUUUGUGCAUAGCUUCGCCAUCGACGAGCGUUGAGCGGCUUGCCUUCUCCUCGCAAAACACGGGGUUUCUCUCCUCCACCAAACACAACAAAACAGCACACACACACAAUUAAUCAUAGGAAAAUAAUACCGAUGCGGAAUUGAACAAGGAUUUACGUGGCCUCGCCGGGGGUGAACAACGACGACGACGGGGCUGCGCAAAAACAGCAAACCACCGACGGGCGUCACGGCGUGCUGCUCACUGCGCAACAAAACAGCAAGCCGGCAGCGCGCAGAGCUGUCGAGGCUGCUGCACAUUUCGUCGAGCACACAGCGAGCGUCAACGGCGCACUGCGCAGCAGCAGAGAGGAGGCAUCGGCAGAGGGCUCGCGGCCAUGGGCAACUGCGAGCUCGCUGCAAUCCAUGGACAGGGAGCCAACCGCGCUGCGUGGAAGAGGAACAGGGAGGGCGUGGCUGGAGGAAAGGGGCGAGCUGCUUGUGGCCAUGGGGGAGAAGAAAGGGCGCCGUCGAGGGAGCUUCAACAGUGGAGCGCUCGGCUGCUGGGCUGCUCACCGUGGACAGCAGAGAAAGGCAGGCGCAGUGGAGAAAGGGUGCUCAAAACUGCUGGCCGGAGCUAGGGCUCGGCCAUGGGAAAGAAGGGGGAAGGAGGAAGGGGAGCCGGCUGGUGGAGAUGGGAGAGCUCGGCUCCAUGCAGAUAUGGAGCUUGCCAUUUGGAGCAGUGGCAGGGGGCGUCCUUGGCUGCUGGGCGAGCUCGGCAUGGAGAAGCUGCUUGCUGCCAUGAUGCGGGAGGAAGAAGGGGCGCCCUGCUCUUGCACGUUGGGAAGAAGGGGAGGACGCCAUGGGAGGAGAGGGAGCUCCCUGCUGCAGCCGCUCGCAGGAGGAGCCGGGAGGGCGCCGGGCCAUGGCUGGCCGAGGGGAGGAGCUCCUGCCGUCAACCAUGCACACGCAGAGAAAGCAGCGGCCAAGGGGAGAGCAGGGGGGCGCUAGGCAAAGGUCCGGCUAGAGGUGGAAGAAGGCUUGGGCGCCAUCCAUGGGAGUGGCUGCUCCCUGCUCUGGCGUGCGUGAAGGAGAAAGGAGAAGAGAGUGGCGGCUGGAAAUUUUUGAGGGGUGGGAGUGGAAAAUUUCCAAGUGAGCACCCCUAUUUAUAGAAGAUGGCUAGGGUUAGGGUUUCCUUAGUGGGCCAAAUGGGCUGGGUUGGGCU